AUGAUUGCAGAUAUCAUUCUGAGCGCGACACUCAUUGCCAACGCAGGCGCCAUCUUGAACUUUAAGCUAACGAAAAAGCAGCCCGACAUUGAUUCAUUCGAGCAAGUUGAUCAGAACGCCAACAAGGAAUCGUUAGCUGAACGUUUCCGCGAAUUUUUGCUCAAUCUUCGCUACUUGCGAAUCUUUAUUGGCGUGUGGAAUCUAGUGGUCAUCUUCUUGAUGCUCGUGUACGUGAUUGUUUCCUUGCUCUGGCAAUGA